AUGAGCCUGACCGACCGAGUCAUCGAGUUGGUGCAAAAUGGCGGCCACGUUCCAGAAUCAAUUGUGAGCCAACUCUGUCAGAAGGCCGAGGAACUCCUGCUCGAGGAAAGUAACGUUCAGUUUGUUCACACUCCAGUGACGAUAUGUGGUGACAUCCAUGGCCAGCUUCACGACCUGCUGACGCUACUAAAGACGGGCGGUAAGUGCCCUGACACAAACUAUUUAUUUUUGGGAGACUUUGUCGAUCGCGGGUUCUACUCGGUGGAGAGUUUUUUGCUGCUGCUGUCUCUGAAAGUCCGCUAUCCGGACCGGAUGACUCUGAUUCGCGGGAACCACGAGUCCCGACAGAUAACCGCGUCGUACGGCUUCUAUGACGAGUGCAUUCGCAAGUACGGCUCUGCAAAUGUGUGGAGAAUGUGCUGUAAUGUGUUUGACUACCUGUCUCUGGCUGCCCUCGUAGGCGGGCCGGGCGGUGUGUUUUGUGUACACGGUGGAUUGUCACCCUCCAUCACAAAAAUCGACGAGAUCAGAUCAAUUGACCGAAAACAAGAAGUCCCCCAUGAAGGGCCCAUGUGUGACCUGCUGUGGAGUGAUCCAGAUGAGUCGUUAAACGACGUAACCAGCCCAAGCAUUGGCGAUAUGGAGCUCCAGGCCGCUGCAUCUCGCGAUUCUCAAGCAUGGGGCGUGUCUCCACGAGGAGCAGGCUACUUGUUUGGUCGUCAGCCAGUAGAGGAAUUCAACCAGCUCAACAACACGUCGCUGAUUGCUAGAGCCCACCAGCUGGUUCUGGAGGGCUACCGGGAGCUUUUUGAUGAACAGUUAGUCACGGUGUGGUCUGCGCCCAACUAUUGUUAUCGGUGCGGCAACAUCGCGGCUAUUUUGACCAUCGAAGACGAUUUCAGCCGCACAUAUCGCGAGUUUGAGGCCGUCGAGCCCGAUGAUAAAUCACGAGUCGUGCCCAUGAAGCAGCUUACACCAGAAUACUUUUUAUGA